AUGCCGGACCCCGACAUGGCCCAGUUCACGGGCGUCUUCCGCGCGGGGAAGCCCAACAGAGUAAAGCGAAACCGGCUGCCCGUGUCCUGCGUCGCCUGCCAGCGUCGCAAGUCCAAGUGCGACAAGCGACAGCCGUGCGGCGCCUGCGACAAGCGUGGCGAGGGCGAUGGCUGUCGGUUCGGUCAGGCGACGCGCUCGCCCGGCGUCGCCCGUCAAGAGGUCCAGAUGAAGCUGUCGCGCCUUGAAGAGAUGAUUAAAGGCUUUGCUGGCGCCGAGGGCAAGGGAGAUGAUGCUACCAUGACCGAUCCGCAAGAGCCCGCCGCGCCGGCGACGAGGCGGCAGCAGCAGCAGCAGCAGCAACAACAACAACAGCAACAGAAACAGCCGCAGGUGACACAAAAGACAAAGGCCAACGCAACACCAACGUUCAAUAUCCCGCCGCCUCCUGCUCCUUCAUGCUCCGGAACUUCAGGGACGCAAGAGUCAAGCCUGCCCCCAUCGUCGCCAGCGUCGGAGCAGACGGCCCAGCCGUACCAUGGGGCGACAGCCUGGUCAUCCGUUGUCAGCAGCAUCCAGGACAUCCAGCAUAUGCUUCAGACCGACUCGGAUGCCGACUCCAACCCUGACGUAGACACUGUCGAGGAGUUUGACCAGCUGCUCGGCCACACGAGGUCCAUUGGCAUAGACGAGGUCAAAAACAGUUUACCGUCCAAACUCUUUACAGACCGUGUCAUUUCCUGCUACUUCAACGCCAAGUUUCACGCCGUUCCGUUUAUUCACGCGCACCAGUUCCGACGGCAGUAUGAGGCCUUCUGGGAAGACCCCGCAUCGACGGGCUUUCUCUGGAUCAGCCUCUUGUUCUCUGUCCUGGGCGCCGGCGCGCUCCUGGCCAAGGCCAAGCUGACCAACGAGCCCGGCCUGCUGCGAUCCAUCGAGGAGCCUGCAUUCUAUCUCGGCAUAUCGGCGCGGUGUCUCAUUACAGGAAACUAUCUCGAAUGCAGACCCGGCUCCGUCGAGGCCAUGCUGCAGCACGCACACUCGCGCAACAUGCAGCGGCAGGAUGAGGACCGGGUGCUGUGGGCGCUGUAUGGGCUUGCCGUGCGCAUGGCCCAGCUGCAGGGCUACCACCGUGACCCGAGCAAGCUGCCAGUCCCUGUCAGCCCGUUUGAAGGCGAGAUGCGGCGCCGUACAUGGUUCAUGAUUCAGUCCGCCGAGCUGCUCGUCGCACUGCACUCGGGCCUCCCGCCCAUAAUCUACGAGAGUCUGAGCGACACGGAGCAUCCCAUCAAUCUCCUCGACGAGGACUUUGACGAGGAUACGGCCGUGCUGCCCCCGGCGCGCCCGCCGACCGACCCAACCCCCAUCCUGGCGUACAUUGCCAAGUCCAAGCUCUCCGUCAUCCUGCGGCGCGUCAUGCUCCACGCCCUCGCCGUCAGGCGGCCGACGUACGAAGAAACGGUGCUGCUCAGCGACCAGCUCCAGGCGUGGCACGACGCGCAGCCGGCGUGUCUCCGCAUCCGCUCGAUCCGCAGCACGGCCUUUACCGACGCCAACUACACCAUCAUGCACCGCAUCAUGCUCGAGCUCAUGUACCGCAAGUGCCUAUGCGUGCUGCACCGCCCGUACCUGACGGAGCACAAGGACGACCCCAAGUACGACCGCUCGCGCCAGAUCUGCCGCGAAGCCGCGCUCGCCAUGCUCGAGAUGCACAUUGAGCUCGACUAUGAGAUCAGCGUCCAGGGCCGCAUGCACGAGGACCGCUUCAUGGUGUCCAACCUGACCCUGCAGCACUUCCUGCUCGCCUCCACCGUCGUCUGCGUCGACCUGAGCGAGUCGCACGACCUGGCCGCGGCGGAGCGCCACUACUGCAAGAGCGUCCUGCAGCGAUCGCACGACGUGUGGGCGGCCCGCGGCGCGUACUCGUCGGACGCCCGCCACGCGACCAGGAUUCUUCGUGCGGUCCUCAACAGGGUCGACAAUCCGAACACGACCGCCAUUUCCUCGUCGUCGCCGCCGCUGACAGGCUAUAAUACAAGUACGACGACGACGACGGCGGCGGCUCCUCCCUCCUUGACAGGCAUGAGCCCGGCAGCGGCCAACGCCACAACAGGUCUAGAACCUCCACUCGCUGCCAUGAACGUUGACAUGAAGCCGACGCCGCAGCAGCGACAGCCCCUGGCUUCUGCGCAAAUGGCGCCUUCGAUACCGAUGAGCAACUGCUGCACGAUACAGUCGCAACCGCUUCCCCGUUCGCAUCCGCACCAGCAGGCGCACAUGCAAGCGCAUACACUUUCUCAUCCCCUGCAUCCACAGCAGCAUGUUGCUGCCGCUGCCGCGCAGGACAUGUACUACGACCUCAACACGGGAGACUACAUGGCCAUGGCCACAGGGCCCGAUGCGCAGUUUGCUGCCACAGCGGGGAGCUUUGGCCAGGUCGCCGACCUAGAUACGCUGCUCUACAGCACAGAAGGCGUCAACUGGAACUCGAUUGAUCAAUUCUUGCGUGUAGAGAAUAGCAACAAUGAACAGGGCUGGUCCAAUAUUCUGCAGGGUGUAUAA